GUAACAGCGCGCGAGAACGGAAGUGGCGUCACAAUUCGGAAGUGACGUUACUGCCCGCGGCACGACAGAGCGCGCGAAUCUCACUCGUGUGUGUUGAUGUGUUUUGUGGCUCCGGGUUCAGGAGAAUGUUGAAGAUGCCUGGAGCAGCACUACAGUGUUCUGGAUAUCCUGAAGAUAAACUCCAGACUCUGACAGAACGACUGACAUGUCGAGAAGUGCAGACAGGAACCCUGCUCUCUCUUAUGGGGGAGCCGGAGCAGUACAGCUAUCCAUCGGUGUUUGUUUACGGCCACCGAGCGACCGGAAAGAGUCAUGUCCUCCUCACGCUGCUUACACACCUGCAGCUCCCCCACGCUGCAGUCAGCUGUGUGGAGUGUGUAUCAGCAGGACUGAUGUUCGAGCAGGUUUUAUCGGCUCUGUUCGGGCCGGACGCCGCGUCUCUCCUCCCACGCUGUCCAUCCCUCUCGGACUUUGUGAGGAUCUACAGACAGGCGUGUGUCCAACAUCCUGCUCAACAAACACGCUACAUCGUCGUGGAGAAAGCGGAACUUCUCAGAGACAUGGAGGCAAACCUGCUGCCUGCUCUGCUGCGCCUGCAAGAACUGGUAGAUGAUAAUGUGACGGUUUUCCUGCUCAGUGAGAUUGUGUGGGAGAAAUUUCGCCCCAACACCGGCUGUUUCGAACCCCUGCUGCUGCACUUCCCUGAUUACACUAAAGCGGAACUCCUGCACAUUCUAUCUCGAGACUCUCACCCCUCACACACACCUGAGUUUUACUCGUCAUACAUCAACAUCCUGCUCGGGGUUUUCUACUCUGUGUGCAGAGACCUGAGGGAGCUACGCCACCUGGCUGCAUUGAAUUUCUCUAAGUUCUGUGAGCCGCUGGAAAAAGGAGAAGCCCGAGAGAGCGACACACACAAGCUGUGGAGGAACAUGGAGCCUCACCUGAAGAAGGCCAUGCAGAGUGUGUACCUGAGAGAGGUGUCCAGUGUUCAGUGGGAGCAGCAGCAGGUGGAUGAGAAGGAGGCCACAUCUCUUAGAGGUUUAUCAGCUCACACUCAUGUAGAACUGCCUUAUUACUCCAAAUUCCUGCUGAUUGCAGCGUACCUGGCCUCCUAUAAUCCAGCCCGGACGGACCGGCGCUUCUUCCUCAAGCAUCAUGGAAAAAUGAAGAAAACCAAUUUCUUGAAGAAACAUGAAAAAACGAGUAACCAUCUGUUAGGGCCGAAGCCGUUUCCUCUGGACAGGUUGCUGGCGAUCUUUUACAGCGUGGUGGACAGUCGAGUGGCUCCGACAGCCAGCGUCUUCUCCCAGAUUUCCUCUCUGGUUACUCUGCAGCUCCUCACUCAGGUGGGACAUGAUGACCAGCUGGACUCUCCUAAGUAUAAGUGUGCAGUCUCCCUCGACUUCAUCCUCGCCAUCUCCAGAACAGUCAGCUUUGACAUUGUGAGGUACCUGUAUGACUUCCUGUGAAGGAAACUGCUUUCUGAUUGGACAGGAACACUGUGACUGAAGUGGGAGGGGCUUGGAUUGUAAGCUCUGUGCCAUGAUUGGAUAGAUCAGUCCAUGUGGGAGGAACCAUGCUGAGUGUUGUGGGUGGAGCUCAGGUGUUAUAUGUUUAAAUAUAAAAUCGACACAGGUAUUAUCUCUCGUUUUGGAGACGAUGUGCAGCGACAGGUCUUUGCAUCAUAAUCAAAGCACUUCUCCUCGUCACACAUCAUGGAUUUCAUACGUAAAACUCACGAGGACCGGUGUGUUUCUGUUUUUGGAUUCAGACGGGGAAGUGGGCGUGGCCUAAUAUCCAGUUCUCACUACUGUGUAGUGGCUGUAGUUAGACGUUCCACUGUCCUGGGGUCUGUUAGUAUUAUAAAGUUUGUAAUAAAUGACUAAAUAAAUUGUAUUUCCACAUACAUCAGAGUGAUUUC